ACCAGCCCCCUUUCCAUUCCCAUGGAUCUUAUUACGGGGGACUCCAGCUCCAAGACAUCUGCUCCGCUAUUAACAACGGAGCGCGUACCCGCGUCUGUUGCGACUGAUCCCGUCGUACCCCCUCCUCCUGCUCGUCCUCCACCUCCUCUUGCCCUCUUCCCCAGAGUAGUGCUCUCUCCGUUGUUUGUGUUUAAACGGUGAUCAUGAGAAGCCACCGUGCAUGUGCCCUCCACGUUGCAUAGUUGUAGUCCAACCUGGCAGAAGAGAGCGCCCCUGCUCCAUCCCUCCUGUGCCACCGAAAGGCGAGUACCGGCGGCAGAGCGAGCAGGAGGACCCGGUGCCACCGAGCAGCACAUUUCUUUUUGUCUGUGCGCUCCGCGGGCUGCUGGCUGUGGGCUGUGCGUCCUCGCAUCCUCCUCGCUGCAGGCUACGUUGUUGUAGGGCAGCACAUCGAAGGACGGAUGAAGAAAACAAAGGUCUACAGUCCGAUGUUUGAAACAGCAACAGUGGAAUAUUUUGUCUGAUACUUGUCUUUCCGCGAGCUUUUUUGUUUGUUUUUGACACCAUGGAGUCGGUGGAAAAGGAGUGUGGAGCGCUGGGUGGAUUAUUCCAGGCCAUUGUGAACGACAUGAAGAGCUCUUACCCUGUGUGGGAAGACUUCAGUGCCAAGGCCACAAAGCUACACUCUCAGCUCAGAACCACAAUUCUGGCAGCAGUGGCCUUUUUAGAUGCCUUUCAGAAGGUGGCGGACAUGGCGACCAAUUCUAGAGGUGCUACCAGGGACAUUGGCUCAGCUCUGACAAGGAUGUGUAUGCGGCACCGUAGCAUUGAGGCAAAAUUACGCCACUUCACCAAUGCUCUUAUGGAAGGUCUGGUAACGCCGCUCCAGGACAGGAUAGAGGAAUGGAAGAAGACGGCUAACCAGCUGGACAAAGACCAUGCCAAAGAAUACAAGAGAUCUCGUCAGGAAAUCAAAAGAAAGUCACUUGAUACCAUAAAACUCCAGAAAAAAGCAAGAAAAGAGCUUCUAGGCCGCGGUAAUCUGCGCCCCCAGCUGGACAGCGCCAUGCAGGAUGUCAGCGAUUUGUACCUGCUGAUGGAGGAGACGGAGAAGCAGGCAGUGCGCAGAGCUCUCCUGGAGGAGAGGGGACGCUACUGUUCAUUCAUCAACUUGCUUCAGCCUGUGGUGAAUAUAGAGAUUGCCAUGCUGGGAGAAAUAACACAUUUACAAGCCAUUGUUGAUGACCUCACUUUGCUGACUGAAGACCCGCACAAGCUGCCACCAGCUAGUGAGCAGGUGAUCCGGGACCUAAAAGGUUCUGAUUAUAGCUGGUCCUACCAGACCCCUCCUUCUUCCCCCAGUAGCACAGGUUCCAGGAAGAGCAGUAUGUGCAGUCUCCUCCAGAUGCCCUCCUCAGGAGCCCAUCGGCUGAGCAGCGUUUCCUCCCAUGACUCGGGCUUUGUCUCCCAAGAUGCCAACACCCAUUCAAAGCCUCCAUCACCCAUGCCCUCUGAUAUCACAAGCCAGAAAUCAACAAGCUCAGCCUCCUCUGAGGCUUCAGAAACCUGCCAGUCUGUCAGUGAGUGCAACUCUCCUACAGCGUUUGGCUCAUGCUCAUCCUUCGGCACCUUCCGCCCUGCUUUCUCACACACUGGCACCAUCAGGCCUCUAUCUGUCAUACUUCCUGCGUCCCCCACAUUUAACCACUCCCCUGGAUCCAACACUCCCUCACCCACAUCAAAGGUUCCUAGCUGGAAGGACUGGGCCAAAUCGAGUUCCUGCGAACCGUCGUUGGCCAGCACCCCACAGCGUAGGAGGGAGUCUGUGGAUAAGAUGAGAGAACUGGAGGCUCCGCCCAGUCCACAGGGGUAUUCUGGAAUGCAAGCUGAUGAGCCACACAGAGUGAGAAGUGGCCCAGGAACCAUUGCAGCCAAGCAUGGCGAGCCCCUCUCUCCAGCAGCCAGUACUCUAGCCAUGGUUCUAACCAGGGGCUUGAGCAUGGAGCAGCAAAAGAGCAGCAGAGACUCUCUGCAGUACUCCAGUGGCUAUAGCACCCAGACCAACACCCCCUCCUGCUCCGAGGACACCAUACCCAGUCAAGGUUCUGAUUAUGAGUGCUACUCUCUUAAUGGAGAUGCUGACAGUGAAGGGCAGGUGGACUUUGACAAAUCCUCCACCAUCCCUCGCCAUAGUAACAUUGCACAGAGCUACCGCCGCAUGAUCCAAACUAAGAGACCUGCAAGUACAGCGGGUCUGCCUGCAGGUAAGACUGUUCAGGGAACUCCAAAUGGUGCUGGAGGAAGCAGCGCUGGAGCUAUUGCUUCAGGGACAGCCACUAUACGCCGGACGCCAUCCUCCAAGACUGGCGUGAGACGCACGCCAUCUACAUCUGGCCCCAUUCCCAUCCGGCCUCCCAUCGUGCCAGUGAAAACCCCAACAGUGCCAAACUCCCCGGGUUACACUAGCCCGUCUCAUCACUCUGCAGGCAGUGAGGAGUUUCUGUAUGGCGAUGACCUAUCUGCUAGUGACAAUAUGAGGGCUCCUCCAAAGCGGAUGAGCCUCCCUGACACAUCUUGGGGCUGUGGAAGAGGGGUGGACAGCACUGUUUACGAACAGCAGGCCCUCGGCAUGGCUGUUCAAAGUGUUGAAGAGGACCCUAUGCUCGCUGCCAACCGCCACAGCCUGGUGGAGAAGAUAGGAGAGCUGGCAGCCAGCGCCCACGCCCUCGGUGAGGGUCAGUUCCCCUUCCCUAGCUCACUGUCAGGGGAUCCCGCUCAGUUUGCGCCUCAGGGGGCGUCCUCUGUCAGCCAGGAGGACGUAGAUAUGCUGGUAUCUAUACGCCGGGGGGUGAAGCUCCGCAAGACAGUAACAGACGACAGGUCUGCUCCUAGGAUCCUUCGGUAGCGAGGGAGGAUAAAUUGAAGCUCUGUAUUGAAAUACACUGGCGCUCAUGUAAUACGUGAAAUAAGGCACAAGUAAUAAAGAGGAUAUAAUGUGGUAAAUGAAGGCCAGACAGAGUAAUGAGAGAUCAUGGACAAUGUCAAGUCAUUUAACGUUAUGUAUGAAGUGCAUACAUGCAAAGUAAUCCAUAUUUUUUGGUUUUUAUUUUUGUUUUGUUUUGGUGGCUGUGCUUUCUUCUCCCUGUGUGACAACCAGUUUCAGCCCAGUCCCUUUUAAACCCAGUCAUCGAAUGCUCUGUGUCUCGGUUCUUGGUUUAUGUUUAUUAUUAUAUUGUACAUUUCUUAAUUAACACAUCCCUAGCCCAUGGAGAACGACGGGUGCAGUGCUCUGUGAGCCUGUCUGUAUGUCGUGUCAUUGUCAUUGUUACUGUACUGUGCCCUGUUGCUGUUCUGCUUGAUGAGCUGAGCAGCAGCUGUGUAAGUCAUGUAAAAAUAGAAGCAUUAUGGCAGUUUUUUUUUAUUGCUGUACUGUACUGUCAAUAUAUUCUGCAAUUAAACUGGCUUUUUACUGUUAAA